ACUAGGUUACUACUUGACAAUGUAUACUUUUUUACGAAGGAAGAUUUUCCUGAAGUUCGGAAUACUGAUGAUUUGUUUGCUUCUACUUGGGCCGUAUAUGUUUAGUGUAAACAUAGAAAAACAGUCAGACGUUUUCAAUCGCCUUGCACACGACACCGAGCAGGAACACGAUUCUGUAUACGUACAAGACUGGGGUAAAGCAGACAAGAGCGCCAAUGAGACAAAGUCAGCGCACCAGGUGGUGUAUGGUCCUUCUGCUGUCUUCAAGGACAACAUUCUCGGCAACUACGAACCUCCACGAGAAAAAGGACGUACUGGGCCAGGUGAAUACGGCGAAGGGGUGAUAACUCCAGACAAAGACGCGCGACUGGUUGUGCAAUCAGACAGAGAGUAUGGCUACAACAUGCUGGCUAGUGACCAGAUAGCCCUGGAUCGAGUCCCGGCAGAUCUCAGGCUGGACGAGUGUAAAUACUGGCAUUAUCCAGAGAGCUUACCUACGUCCAGCGUUAUUAUCGUGGUGUUUAACGAAGGCUGGUCACCAUUCCUCCGUACCGUGCACAGCGUCAUCAACACGUCCCCACAACAACUACUUACAGAGGUUAUCAUCAUCGAUGAUUUUAGUGAUAAAGAGCAUUUUGGAGCAAAACUGGAAAACUACAUUAAACGGUGGUCUGGAAAAGUGAAACUGUACAGAAAUACGAAACGAAAAGGUUUAAUUCAAUCUCGGACAGCUGGAGCCAUGUUGGCCACAGGUGACGUGAUUAUUUUUCUUGACGCUCAUUGUGAAUGUGAAUCAAACUGGCUGCCUCCUUUGUUGUCAAGAAUUGCAUACGACAGGACCAUCGUGGCAGUUCCAAUCGUAGAUUCCAUCGACUGGAAAACAUUUCGUUUUAAAAGUGUGUACCGAAAAUACAAUCUGCGGGGCCUGUUUGAGUGGGGGUUCUUUUACAAAGAGGGUAUGGUACCACCAGUGGAACUCAGCAAACGGAAACUUGACAGUGAGCCUUAUUGGUCGCCAACGCAUGCUGGAGGUCUCCUGGCAAUGGACAGACGUUAUUUCCUUGAACUUGGCGCGUACGACCCAGGACUUGAAAUCUGGGGUGGAGAAAACUUUGAACUGUCUUUUAAGGUGUGGAUGUGUGGCGGAAGUGUUGAGUGGGUCCCGUGUUCGAGGGUUGGUCACGUGUACAAACAUCACGUGCCGCCAAGGAAAGUGAAUAUUAAUACUAAAAUCCACUACACCAAACAGAAUUAUCUCCGUAUCGUGGAGGUGUGGAUGGAUGGCGAAUAUAAGGACUAUUUUUACACGAUACAGCCCUGGCUGCGCGGAUACCCCGUCACCAACAUCAGCAAGCAGCUCCAGAUGAAGAAAGAUAAAAACUGUAAAUCAUUCAAAUGGUUUAUGGAAAAUAUAGCCUAUGACGUGUUCUACAAGUUUCCAGCGCCACCUAGAAACAAAGCAUGGGGGAAGGUCAAACUGAAACAUGAUAAUGUGUGCUGGAAUACCAGGCAUUCUUCAAGUGGAAACAUCAUAUACAGACCGUGUAUGAAAACGUCUUCUGAAUCUGAGUUGUUUCGAUUGAACGUUGACGGCCAAAUAGGUAAUGGAGAACUCUGUAUAACCGCCCAUGGUGGCAAGUUGGAUAUUGGAAGAUGUCGGCUGCCACCGUCUGGUCCUUGGGAGUGGCGCGAGGAAACUGGAGCUAUAUUUCACAAGAAGGAGAAGAAAUGUGUAGAACCUAGUAAACAUUUCUUUCUGGAAUUAAAACCAUGUAAUCCAGAAAACAGAACUCAACAAUGGAACUUCAUAGAGGUUUAUCCAUGGAAGGACAAAUAGUGGAUAUAGUUACAUAACAGAGACAUAUUAUUGAGUGUGCAAAAAUUAUGCAAUAAAUAUACGUUUCGUUAAAA